AUGGCCAGUGUUAUGGUGGAUUUAACAGUGGGGUUUUGUUGCAGGCCCCCUUUUUUUCUGCUGCUCAUGGAAAGUUUUGAUUAUUCCACUACCACUAACCACAACCACAACAGCCUCGUCUUCCCUCCUCUACCUCCUCUGCCACCUCCCCCACUCCCGACCAGCCACCAUCAUCAACCCAUCCCGCCUGUCCAUCUCUCACCACCCCCACUACCAUCUCAACCACCCCUACCUCCACCAUCACUAUCAUCAUCACCCCCAAUCAUCACCCCUCAAUCAACCCAACCACGAUCACCUCUCCAUCAACCGCCCCUCGAAUCCAUCCUCUUCUCCCCGCCAUCAGCUUCACUCAUCUCCCAACCUCUGCCCCCUCCUCCGCUACCACAAUCUUCACCACCACCAACCUCUGCUUCCCCGAUCAUCAAACCCGAACCAUUCGAGCUGUCUUCCGAAACCCAUCAACAACUCUUCUCUCCUUCGGCUCCUGCUCCUCUUCCGACACGUCUUCUUCCCGAACCUUCGCUCUCUCCCGACUCGCUGCCUCUCGCUCUCGUAGCCCCCCCUCAACCUCUUCCUCCUCCGAUCGCUUCAAGUCAACCUCCUCUGCCCUCCGUCAAUGGCUUCUCUUCUACCCUCCCCGACCUUCUCCCCCCUUCAUCUUCGUCUUUCUUCGUCGAUCCUCCAACUGGCAAGGCUAAGGAAAAAGAAUCGUCAUCCAACAGAACGCGUAAGGUCGCUCCUCCUCGUCUCAUCUUCGGUCUUCCCAAUAAUAUCAACAACAUUUCACAAUCGUCUAUUGGGCACUUGAAUGGAGGCGGACAAUCGACGCCGAAGACGGCGUUCAAUCCAGGCCUUGGCUUACCCACUGGGUCACUACCCAGCGGGGUUACUCAAAGAGGCUGGAACGGGCAAGCCAGUAGUAGUACUACUACUGCAGUGGGGGGAGCAGCGACAGCGGAAGACUAUACGGUACCGACCGACCCGAUCUUCAACGUCCCCCUCCCCGCCCCGAUCUCGGUCCCGCAUGGAUACCCCAAAACUCAGGGCGAAGUCAAUCAGGACUUCUCCAAGACUAAACCACCCUCCUCUCAAGUGCCCAUCCAUCAAUUUCAGAACUGGAUCAAUGACCAUUAUCUGCGCUCGUUCGGCGAAGACGACCUCGCGUUCUUGGCCUCCGAGUACUCCUCUAUCAAUGGUUGUCCCACCGUCCGCGUUCAUCUUCCGUCUUCUCCCUCCUCUUCUAAACAGAAGGAUAAUCAUCCUCAAGGAGAAACAAAUGGAGAAGUUGAACAUCAAAAGGAACAACAACAGAGGGAUGCCACUUACGAUCUGCCUCCGUUAGGCCGCCAUUAUUCGGAGCUCUGGCGGGACGAAGACCUCGGUCUGAUCGAGCCGUCUGAGAAACCGACCCCUGGAGCAGGAUCUGGGCCGCGUCUUUCGGGAUCCUCUCGCGCCGACCUGGCGCUCCAUAAUCUCGGCACUGAGAACGUCCAGCUUGGCCCUUUCACCGAACGUCUUCUUGGAUCCAUCAUCCCUCCUCCACCUCUCCCUUCUUCGGUUCAUCUCUCUAAUCAUAUUCCCGGUCCAACAGCUGCUACUCUUCAGCUCAAUCCUCCUCAGACUCAUCCCCUCGAUCAUCUCGAACUCGAACAGCGGGUGGCUAGUGAGCUUGGGUUGUUGGGAAUCUUACCCGAGAAUGGAGCCAAUGAAUGGAAAGAAGAGGAGGCCGAAGACGACGAGAUUUCGCGGAUCUUACGACGGACGCAGAGCGUGUUACGGAGCCAGACGAAGAUCAACCAGGCCCGGAAGGCGAUCGUUCAGAAGAUCGUCAAGGAGCGGAUGAGUGUGCAGGAGUUUGAGACGAUCAAGGACGGCUUGGAUCGGCUCCUCGUCCAGCUCAUGAUCAAGAAAAACGCACUCCUCAACGCCUCGUUUCGGGUUCCUUCUGUCCACCAGACUGGGUCUGCUAAUCAUCUUAAGAAGGAGAAGGAGAAGAGUGGCAGGAAUCAUUUGAAGAUCAAGUUGACAACCACUCCAUCAUCAUCAUCAACAACAACCUCCACAAAUCCAGCAAACCAUUCGGAUAAUCAUUCGACACUUCAUCCUUCUGACCAUCCUAAUAACAAUCAACUAACCGUUCUUGAGAAUAAGAUCAAGAAAUGCGACCAAUCGAUCGCGCUCACGUUGCACAAACGACGGAUGUUUAUCAUGAAGGUCGCCCCGUUGUUGGUCCACCAAUCUUCUUCUUCUCAUCAUCUUGAUAGAUCAUUCCUCGCUGCCCCGGCAUCCCAUCCCGGAUCCGACUCCCAACAACACCAACCAAAAUCUGAACUCACAUCCAUUAAACCCCCCAAAUCCAAAUCAUAA